AUUUUGCAGUAAUUCCAUUCCAGGCCCGCCCUGGCCCUGUAAGCACCUCUUUUUGUUUCCUCAAUUCACCUUUUCUUUCUUCUCACCGCCGGCGUUUUCUCUCACUGAAAUUUGGCCAGUCUCCUCCGGUCUCCUCUCAACCACGGUCCUCUGUCUUUCAGAAUCGGAAUUAAAGGUUCUUCUCUAGUGGUUGCAAAAUCUGUAACAAAGAACCCUUGCAUUAUAGUACCCAGGUCCGAGUUCGCAGCUUAAGUUCCUUGUGGCUUGGGAGAUAGUUAUGAGCAGUUCAUUCCCAAGCUUUCCUGUUCCUCACAAGAAGCUCUCUUUAGACAUAAAGGGAAACAAAACUGAUGUGGUGAUUUGCGGUUAUGAUGAUCAUUUUCUUGUUAUUGCAACUCAAAUAGGGACUAUGGGGACCAUAUUGCGUGCCAGGAAAGAAGAAGGGGUGUUGACCGAGCCAACAUUCGAUGUUUCCAUAAUCUUUGGCAAACGAGAUGAGCCAUUGCUGUUGGGAUGUGCUCGCCAACUGAUUGAACACAUGAGCAUAUCCGGUUCCUCCAGGCCUUUAGUCCUCUCUCUUGGUCUCAAAGACCAUUCAGCGGAGACACUGAAAAGUAUCGUAUCAUUUGUGAUUGAGAAUCGUCUCUGGUGACUUGCUGAUCUCAGAUUAUGAUUGAACCCCCAAGCUUCUGUUUGAACCUUCGAAAUCUGUAGUCAAUAGUUUCUGACUGAAUACCAUUUGAAAGAUUCAACAAUUGUUUAAUAUGCGUUGUAUCUUAUAUAUUUUAGAGAAAGACCAUUUGGGAUACAUAUAUGUAAUUUUGAUCUCCAGUAAACAUCUUUUGUCAAAUGAGUUUUCAUUAUUUGAACAGAAACAUACAUAUCUAUUCUCAUUA